CAUGAUGUCAACACCUCCCGGUGUCUACAGGACCAGCAGCGGCAAUGCCCGCCUGCCCUGGGCAACGCUGGGGGAACCCAGGCAGGGCACAGCCCCAGGCCAGUGGACCUGUUUUUCCCGUUUCCUGCCGUUCCCUGCAGCCUGGUCCAGGCAUGUCCCUGCAUGAGUGAGGAGCCUGAGCACCCUGACAGCAGAGGGGCUGGUCAGGUGGAAGGACCUCAGGGGAUGAGCUUGGGUGCUGAACUUCUCCAAGGCCCAGGAGAUUUGGCCCAGGAAAGGUCUGUGUCCCCCAGGCUGCUGUGGCUGACUGACUCCUGGGCCAGGACUCUGCUCAGGGUGAUGGCGGCCGGCUUGGCCCGCUGGAAUGGCACCGGCAAUGACACCUGGGAGGGGGAUGAGCUAGGCUACAGAUGCCGCUUCAACGAGGACUUCAAGUACGUGCUGCUGCCCGUGUGCUACGGUGUGGUGUGCGUGCUGGGGCUGGGCCUGAACACCGCGGCGCUCUACAUCUUCCUGUGUCGCCUCAAGACCUGGAACGCCUCCACCACGUACAUGUUCCACCUGGCUGUGUCCGACGCACUCUACGCGGCGUCUCUGCCACUGCUGGUUUACUACUACGCCCGCGGUGACCACUGGCCCUUCAGCACUGUGCUCUGCAAGCUGGUGCGCUUCCUCUUCUACACCAACCUGUACUGCAGCAUCCUCUUCCUCACCUGCAUCAGCGUGCACCGGUGCCUGGGCGUCUUGCGCCCCCUGCUCUCGCUGCGCUGGGGCCGGGCCCGCUACGCCCGCCGGGUGGCCGCGGCCGUGUGGGUGCUGGUGCUGGCCUGCCAGGCGCCCGUGCUCUACUUCGUCACCACCAGCACACGGGGCACCCGCAUCACCUGCCACGACACCUCGGCGCCUGAGCUCUUCAGCCACUUCGUGGCCUACAGCUCGGUCAUGCUGAGCCUGCUCUUCGCGCUGCCCUUUGCCAUCAUCCUGGUGUGCUACGCGCUCAUGGCGCGGAGGCUGCUGAGACCGGCCUACGGGACCUCCGGCGGCCUGCCGCGCGCCAAGCGCAAGUCGGUGCGCACCAUCGCCGUGGUGCUGGCCGUCUUCGCCCUCUGCUUCCUGCCUUUCCACGUCACCCGCACGCUCUACUACUCCUUCCGCUCCCUUGACCUCAGCUGCCACGUGCUCAACGCCAUCAAUGUGGCUUACAAGGUCACCCGGCCGCUGGCCAGCGCCAACAGCUGCCUUGACCCCGUGCUCUACUUCCUGGCAGGCCAGAGGCUCGUGCGCUUCGCCCGGGAUGCCAAGCCCCCAGUCGACCCCACCCCGACGGCCCAGGCUCGCCGCCGGCUGGGCAUGCGCAGGUCCGGCAGAAAUGACACCCGGAGGACAGAGGACCUGUCGGCCAGCAGUGAGGGCACGAACCGGACAGCGUCUACGCCAGCUGGUAGCGGAACCACGAAGGAUGUCCGGCUCUAGGACCUGUACCCUGUGGGCGUGCGCGCGUCUGUGUGAGAGACUGGAGGGGACCAAGACUUGUCGGUUGAAAUGGACAGUCUCCCCAGAUGUGAAUUGAAGCCCGAUGACCAAGGGAGCAUGACCCCCACCCACCCACUCUGCCAUUUGGCAGGGGCUCUGGAUGCAUGCUCUCGGGUCCAGGGCGCAUAACAGACCCAAAGCCCCCAGUCAUUAUGUGCAUGGGUGAGCUGGGGGAAUAAGGUUUCAGGGAAGGCCAGGGUCCGGGGCCAAUGUUGCCCUUGGCUUGACUUCCAUAUAAAUAACCUGCCCUUUCUGCUGAGAUGCUUAGGCCAGAGUCCGGCCGAAUGGAGUCCAAGGAAGAAACAGGCCCAUAUGGAGAGGAAGGUGACUUACCAAGGUCACACAGCAGAGUCUGGGCCGGAGUGACCUGGUAUGGGGCUAGAAUCCCAGUGUGAUCAGAGGACCCUGGUAAAUAGCCAGAACUGAACCCCUUACAGGAGGUGGGGGGUGGGGGUGCAGUAGGCUGGGUAUUACAGAGGACCCAGCUCUGAGGCAUCCCCCCAGCCUGAGAAGGCAGAGGCCAUAACCUCAUGGGUAAGCUCCCCUGGACUGGGAGCCAGUUGGAAGCUCUAACUUAUACUAAAGAUUGUGUUGCUUGCGAA